CCGGACUCGAUACAUCUUGAUCCUCCUCCCUUUCAACAAAGGCACCCAGGCCAGGCCUCACAUUCCUAUUUUAUAUUCUGAAAAUCUAGACACCUCAUUGCUUUUGAAAAUGGCCGCUCAAGGCAAUAUGCAUAACCUCACCACCCUCAUCAAAAGACUCGAGGCUGCGACGUCACGGCUCGAGGACAUAGCCAGUUCCACAAAUGGCCAGCAAGCUGAGUCGAAUGGCCUUGUUGGUGCCGCCCUCGGGUCCUCUGGUUCUCUCUCCGCAACCCCCGAGCAGGCACCAUCGCCCCCCGAACCCCUGCCCAGGUCUGUGGAAGCCUUCGAUAAGCUUGUCGAGGAAGAUGUUGGUGCCUUUGUCAAGGCAAGUGAGAAGAUUGGGGAUCUAGUUGAGCAGCAGGCAAAGGCAGUCAAGCAAGCAUUCGAGGCCGAAAGGACUUAUCUCCUUGUGGCUGCCAAAGCAAAACAACCAGAUGUCCAACCUCCAGAGCUGAUGACCGAACUACAUCGACAUACCUCAGCUGUCGACGAACUACGAGAAGGCAAUCGCCCCUCGCCUCUCUUCACCCAUCUCAGUGCGGUUUCUGAAGGUAUUGUUGCCUUGGGCUGGAUCGUCGAAAAGAGACCCGGCGACUUUGUGACCGAUACCCUGGGUGGUGCUCAAUACUACGGAAACAAGGUCUUAAAAGAGUAUAAAGAGAAGGACAAAGCGCAUGUUGAAUAUAUCCAGGCUUACUACAAGAUCUUCCGGUCUCUGGCUGCAUACGUCAAGGAAUACUUUGCUACGGGCCUAGUAUGGAACAACAAAGAUGGCAUCGACGCUGUCGAAGCUCUCAAGCAAAUACAAUCUGGUGGAUCCAAAACCGCCAGUCCCCCAGCUGGCGGCCCUCCUCCUCCACCUCCACCACCACCACUACCUCAAUUCGACAAUGACGGCCCUCCUGCCCCACCACCGCCUCCGGGAGCUGGAGGUGCUUCUGGUGGCGGCGACAUGAGUGCAGUUUUCAAUCAAUUGAACCAAGGGUCGGCGGUGACAUCAGGUCUUCGAAAGGUGGACAAGUCUCAGAUGACGCAUAAGAAUCCAAAUCUGAGAACAAACUCGUCAAACAGUUCUUCUGGGCGUGGCAAAUCUCCGUUGCCGAGCAAGAAGCCUGACAAUCUACGGUCGAAGAAGCCAGGCCGGAAGGAACUCGAUGGCAACAAAUGGAUUGUCGAAAACUUUGAAAACACGCAGGCAGAGAUCAUCGAAAUCUCGGCGGAGCUGAAUCAAAGCAUCCUAAUUUCGAAAUGCAACAAGGCAGUUAUCAAGGUCACAGGCAAGGCAAAUGCCAUUGCCAUUGACAACUGCAAUGGUUUGUCUAUUUUGGUCGAAUCCCUGGUUUCGAGCUUGGAUGUGAUCAAGGCAAACAAGUUUCAGCUACAAAUUGACGGUGUCGUUCCGACUUUACUCUUUGACCAAGUCGACGGGGCUCAGAUUUAUCUAUCCAACGCAAGUCUGGGGACCGAGAUCUUUACAAGCAAGAGCAGUGCGGUCAAUGUAGUCCUUCCUCCCAAGGAUGAUUCGGAAGAUGACAGCAAAGAGCUUCCCUUACCCGAACAAAUAAGAAGUGUGGUCAAGGACGGGACUCUUGUGAGCGAGAUUGUCGAACAUGCUGGUUAGGUAGACUGCGACCUGAGGAAUCAUUUGAAGCGUUUGGUGUGAGUGAUUUGGAUUCAUCAUGUAUUAUUUAGCGAUCAGAUCCCACGGGGUUCUAUGUCAACAAUCAAGACAGCCAUGGGGACGAGUCUGGUUAGGUAGCCUUGCACAAUAACAGGGGGCGCGUAAAUGCGAUGAUGCUCCAUUAUUGGGAUACGAU